CCAGCUUCUUCUUCCUUUCCUCCCCCACUCUCUGGCUCUCCAUUUCUGCUAGGGCAGGCUGAAUGGAUUUUACUACCUUCUAAUUCUAUAGUCCUAUCGAGCCACUGAACCCUGCUCCCUCCGCCAUGUUCAAGAAGAAGCCCACAAUCAAGAAUCUUUCUCCCCUGCGGUCCUCGGACCGUCGGAAGAUUGCUGAUCAGAUUAUCAGCGAUUACAAAAUCGAGAUCCCGUCGAAUGCACCGGUCGAGACUAGCGACGACUCGACAGCCCCAGGCGCAUCCAACCCUGCGGCACCAACCCUCACAUCCAUUCGAAAUGCCCUUCUUCCCGAGAACUGCUUGUCAGCGCGCUUUACCACAACGGCCGGGCCCCAGCUCCGCGAAGUGCAAGGAACAGUGUAUGUCGGAACACAUCCCGGCGGCGAUGAGCGCAUUCUAUGGUUCAAGGCCGACCAUGGCCCUGGCGCAGACGGACGCCUUUAUCCUACGGUUUAUACACUUUGGAACAACCCGGAUUUGGUACCAUUGCUCCAUACUCCACAAAUGGUGAUGCAGAAGCUGCACGGAGGAGCAGACUUGAUGACUCCAGGUCUGGCCAAUGAGCCGCCUUUCGACGAGCGUGCUGUGAAGGGUGCAGUGGUUGCUGUCGCCAGUCUAGAUAGACAUACAGUACCGCUGUUUGUUGGGGUGUGCGAGAUUGACAUCUCAGCACUUGGGGAAGUUCAGGGCACAAAAGGACAUGCCGUGCGAGGUCUGCACUGGGAAGGUGAUGAGUUAUGGGCUUGGAGUUCAUCUUCCAAGCCGGGUCAACCAGCUCCGGAGUAUCUGGAGGGAUGGGACGAAGAGCUGCAGGAAGAAGAUGCUGACGUAGGAGAGAUUGACGGAGGUGUUCAGGGCCUAGCAUUGAAUGGUGAAGAGACUGCUGAGGCGGGAGGCGACGAGCCGGCGGAUGAAGUUUCCGAUGUCCCACAGGAGGAAGCGCCUGUGGUUGAGGAGAAGGAGCCUACGACAAAGGAGAUCGACGAGGCUUUCGAAAAAGCCUUUUUGUACUCCCUCUACAAACUCAAGCAGGAUAACCCUUCCGCUACCAAUCACGGCCUAUCUCUGCCUGUCCAGCCAUCUGCUCUAAUUUCAAACAUGAUUACGCCUCACCUGCCUAUAUACACCGCAAAGCAAGCCCAGUACUACCAGAUCAAAAAGACCAGCUGGAAGAAUGUCAAAAAGUUCAUCAAGUACCUGGACAAGCAACGGUUGGUCAAGUCCAAAGACCGCAACGGUCAGGAAACCGUCAUUCUCGACGUGGACUUCAAUGAUCGUCGCGUGGAACAGUUCGUGCCCUACCGGCUUCCAUCCAAGAACGCCAUCGAGAACGCAGGGAAACCCGCAGCGCCUGGAUCCAACAAGCCCGCAACUACAGACAGCGACGACCCCUCAGUCGGACAAACCCUCACCGUCCAGACGCUCUACCGCCCAACCGGAAAACUUACCCCCACCAUCUUCCCCUCUCUAUCCAGCACCCAUCCCAGCAACUACUACAAAUACUCCGACGUCUCCACCCACCUCGACCAGUACAUCCAAUCCCAGAACCCGCCGAUCGUCGACCGCCAAAACAAACGCAUCAUCAACCUCAACCCCUUCCUCGCCAACACCAUCUUCACCUCCAAUUCCUCCGACGACAAGAGCACUCUUGCCCGCGGCAAAACCACCCGCGAUGGCCUCCUCAAACGUCUCAUGGAAGACCACUCCCUGAUGACAGCUCACUAUGUCAUCCUCAAACCAGGCCAGACCCUCACCGACGUCAAACCCAAAGCUGGCGCCGCCCCCAAAGCCAACGUCAUCCUCGAGCGCCGCACCGGUUCCAAGACCGUCACCAAAGUCUGGAACCUCGAAGUCUUCGGCAUCAUCCCCACCCUCUUGGCCGAAGAGCUCCAGAAGAAAUGCGCCAGCAGCACCAGCGUCACCCAGGCUACUGGCGCACCCAAGGGCGUCAUGGAAGUCCUCGUCCAAGGCGAUCAGCGUCGCGUACUAGAGACGGCCUUACUGAGACGUGGGUUGAAGACGCAAUGGAUUGACGUGGUGGAUAAGACGAAGAAGAAGAAAUAAAUUACUCGCCUCAAGCAAACAAAAAGAAGAGGGGAUGUGUCUUGUAUCGGCGGUGUAGAUAUGUAUGUAUGUGUUCUAUGACUUGGAGAUUGGUACUGGGUUUGGAUAAGAUACCGUGAUAUACUAGGUAUAGCAGUUGAAUAUACGCCC